GGAUGCCAGUCUCUUCAGAAAGGCUCAGUCCCCAGUUUGAGUCAGAGCUAGGGACCAUGCUAUCCCAGGCUCAAGGAUAAAAACCUUCGGGCCCAAGUGCCAUCCAUAUUCCAUCUCCAGUCUUUCCUCCACAAAUCAGGAUUCAUCCUUCCUGAAAAGCACGGUCUAAGAGCAAGGGAACAAAAAAAUCAUGCUAUCACAUAAUACCAUGGUGAAGCAGAGGAAACAGCAAGCAUCAGCCAUCAUGAAGGAAAUCCAUGGAAAUGAUGUAGAUGGCAUGGACCUGGGCAAAAAAGUCAGCAUCCCCAGAGACAUCAUGUUGGAAGAAUUAUCCCAUCUCAGUAACCGUGGUGCCAGACUAUUUAAGAUGCGACAAAGAAGAUCUGACAAAUAUACAUUUGAAAAUUUCCAUUAUGAAUCUAAAGCACAAAUAAAUCACAAUAUUGCCAUGCAGAAUGAGAAAUUGGAUGGAAGCAACUUGGAAAGUGGUUCACAGCAAGCCCCAUUUACUCCUCCUAACACCCCGGAUCCACGAAGUCCCCCAAAUCCAGAAAACAUUGCACCAGGAUAUUCUGGACCACUGAAGGAAAUUCCUCCUGAAAGAUUCAACACCACAGCUGUCCCUAAGUACUACCAGUCACCCUGGGAACAGGCCAUUAGCAGUGAUCCGGAGCUUUUAGAGGCUUUAUACCCUAAACUUUUCAAGCCUGAAGGAAAGGCAGAACUGCCUGAUUACAGGAGCUUUAACAGAGUUGCCACCCCAUUUGGAGGUUUUGAAAGAGCAUCAAAAAUGGUUAAAUUUAAGGUUCCAGAUUUUGACCUAUUAUUUCUAACAGAUCCCAGGUUCAUGGCCUUUGCCAGUCCUCUUUCUGGAAGACGGUCCUUUAAUAGGACUCCUAAGGGAUGGAUAUCUGAGAAUAUUCCUAUAGUGGUAACAACUGAACCUACAGAGGAUACCACCAUACCGGAAUCAGAAGACCUAUGAAAAGAAAGUUGUAUGUGACACAAAAACCUGUGAACGUGAAUGUUGCUGUUUUAUUAUUCUACUUACUUGCAAAGCCACUUACACUCUUCAUUAGUAGCAAUUAUUUAAUAGCAAUUUAGCAAUUUUCCUUUUAUGACAUUUAAUUUCAAUCUCAGAUCAAAAUCUAAUAAAUAAUUAAAAAUCUUAUUUUAAAA